UAUCCUAAAAUAAUCAAUAUAUUUAACCUCAUUUCAGCCAUAGACAAGAAAAGUCUGGAACAAGUAAAUGCUGAUUUUAAAAAAGCGAUAUUACCAAAUGUAUUAUCCAAGCUACCUGAAAUAGGAAUCACAGUCGAAGAAUUAAAAUCCUUAUAUUUCGGAGAAAAAGAAGUGUCAGAGGAAACUCUGAUGAAUUAUGCGAAUUUCUUAGGUGAUGAAUUUUUUACACGCGGCAUACUGGAGGUAGCUGAAAUACAAAAAUAUACUGGUGAUUACAAAUCGACAUAUUUGUAUCAUUUCGAUUACAACAGCGAAACUUCUCUUAUGAAAACCAUAUUAAAUAUACGCCUUCCAGGUGUUUGCCACGCAGAGGACUUAUUUUUCCUAUUUUGUCCAGAAAUUAGAAAAGAAUUUAACUUAUCGCUACCCAGAUCUGAUUCAGACGAUUAUAAAAUUAUAAAUUAUUUAACACAAAUGUGGACGGAUUUCGCUAAAACAGGAAAUCCAACGCCUAUUACAAAUUUAUGGUUACCAUUAACAGGACCACAAGACGAAAACUUUAAUUAUUUAAACAUUGAUGUAGAUUUACGAAUGAAAGUUUUUCAUAAAGGAAAAGAACGAUGGGAUUGGGGAAAAAAUAAAAACAAGUUAUAAUCUAUAUGUUAAAAUCUUGCCUAUAUAUUAAUGUUUAAUUUUUCUUUCAAUAUAUCUUUAUAAAGGUAUUAAACCUCCAAACGUUAUUUGCUUUUAUAUAAAUAAAAUUAUAAAAGAAAAAAUUA